CGUCCCUCAAAUUGUCCAUUGCCGAGCAAGGGAUUUUCCCUAAGUGUCAAGAGCACUCCCAUACUGCGCAUGCGCAUGACAAUUGAAGGGUGGUGAGGAUAUCGACAAUGGAGGAUGCUAUAGCCAGCCAGCAGAAGGAUAGAAAACCAGGAGAGAUUGAGGAGUUGUAUUUGGACAAUGUACAAUCGCCUCAGAUCAGUGGUCUAUCUGACGAGUACACUCGCUUACAGAAACUAUCUGUCGUCAAUUGCGGUCUCUCUAGUCUGGAGGGACUACCCAAGCUGCCCUCGCUGGAGAAGCUGCUACUCAGCGACAACCGUCUCAGUGGUGGGCUGGAUAAUCUCGCCAGAUGUAAUGGUCUAAAGAAACUAGUACUGGCUGGAAAUAAAAUAUCCAAUUUAGAAGAAUUAAAACCUCUGAGUAAAUUGUCAGGACUGCUAUCACUGGAUCUAUACAAUUGCCCAGUAACGUCAAUAGAGAACUAUCGAGAUCAAAUCUUUGAGCUACUGAUCUCGCUAAACUCGCUUGACGGGCUAGACCGCUCGGGAGAAGAGGUGGAAGACAGUGAGGGGGAUGACGAAGAGGAGGAGAGCGAGGCUGAGGGCAGUGAGAGUGACGAGGAAGGACCUGGACUCGACUACUUGCUCAACAACGAACUCAACUCAGACAGCUCUGGUAGUGAGAAUGAGUAUGACCCUGACAACGAUGAUGCUCCACCUGACGAUGACUUCAUUGUACUCUCCGAUGAUGAAGAAGACAGAGAAUUCAAGUUAUGGCAGCUGAGCAAGACGACGACGAGUCUGACAGCGACUAAUUACCCCCCACAUAGCUAUUACAUUGCUGUAACAAACACGUAUAUGCGUAUAUAAUUAUAUGUCUUUAUCACUUGCAUAAUUAAUUGUUGAAACGUAAUUAAAUUUAACAAGUUUUCUGGAAUGUGAAAUUGCAUGAUAUGGAAUUGGAACUAAGUACAGACUAGCUGCGAACUAUUUAAUAAUAACAGAGGGUCAGGUGCAUGACAAAAACUAUAUAAUUAUCGGGGGGG